AUGGAGUGUGGUGCUGGAGCUGAGCGGGACCCGGACCUGCUGGGGCUGAUUUGGGGAUGGAGCAGCUUCCGUCCGGCGCGCGGCCGGCAGGCGGCGCUGCUGCGCGCGGGGGACGUGACGAGCACGGCUCACUGCGACGACCCUCACCCCCCCGGCAGGACACCGGAGGCUGGGCCUAACAGCCGGCGUGAGGACGGUACAGCGCACGCGCACCGCGUGCCGGUCCUUCACGCGCACGAGUCCGGAGAGAGCGGCGCGAAAGCCUCGCGCCUGAAGAAGGUGAAGCCAACUUGUGCACGUGUCUCCAUGGUGAGGAGGAAGGUUCAUUUGGUGGAGCAUUGGCCAACCGCUCGUGAGCCCUGUGAUUUGAACUUGAUCAUGGCUGGACGCAGCGAGGACGAAAGUGUCAGUAACAGCAGUGGAGAAUCCAGUAAUUCAGACGAUGAGUCUGGUUCUGGGUCGGGCUCAGCCUGUGGAUCGGGCUCCAGCUCCAGCUCGUCCAGCAGCAGUAGCCGAUCAGGGAGCAGUGACUCAGGAAGUGGCUCAGACUCUGGUAGCCAAUCGGAUUCGGACACGGAGAAAUCCAACGAGAAAACGGAGCCGCAGAAUAAGUCCAACAUUGACGGAGCAGAGUUCUGGAAGUCCAACCCAAGCAUCCUCGCAGUGCAAAGGUCUGCUAUGCUCAGGAAGCAGCAGCAGCAGCAGCAGAGACGGGGCUCCUCCAACAGUGGAUCUGAUGAGGACUCUUCAAGUAGUGAUGAGUCCGACUCAUCGAGUGGAUCCAAAGGAAGAAGGAAUUCCGGCUCUUCGGACUCUGGAUCUGGCUCUGGAUCUGGGAGUGAUUCAGAAUCAGAUUCGUCUCCAGAUGAGAACAGCAACGAAACAGCAUCUGAUUAUGAACCCAGUCAUAAAUUCAAAUGCAGAAAACCUCCAACCAAAGUGACUUCUCGGAAUGGAAAGAAAAGCAGCACUCAGAGGAAGAAAGCCCAGAAAGGCUCCUCCUCCGAGGAUGAGAACGACAACUACAUGAAGAUGGCAUCAGCGGGGCCCAGGCGGCAGGCCACCGUCAACAUCAGCUACAAGGAGGACGACGAGAUGAAGACGGACUCAGACGAUCUGGUGGAGGUUCUGGGGGAGGACGUCCCCCAGCCUGAGGAAGAUGAGUUUGAAACCAUUGAGAGGGUGAUGGACUGCCGGGUAGGGAGGAAACGAGCCACAGGAAGCGUCACCACGGUCUAUGCCAUAGAGGCAGAUGGAGACCCCAACGGCAACUUCAAUCCCAGCAAAGAGGCGGGUGAUGUCCAGUAUCUGAUCAAGUGGAAGAACUGGGCCCACAUCCACAACACCUGGGAGACGGAAGAGACUCUGAAGAUCCAGAAUGUCAGGGGCAUGAAGAAACUGGACAACUUUAAGAAGAAGGAACAGGAGCGGAAAAAGUGGUUAAAGGCAGCUUCACCGGAAGAUAUCGAAUACUUCAACUGUCAGGAAGAACUGAUGGACGACCUGCACUCUCAGUACCGGCUCGUAGAGCGAAUCAUAGGACAUUCAAACCAGAAGUCGGCUGCGGGUUACCCAGACUACCUUUGCAAGUGGCAGGGCUUGCCCUACUCGGAGUGCAGCUGGGAGGAUGGUGCUCUGAUCGCCAAGAAGUUCCAGAUAUGCAUUGAUGACUACAUGAGCAGGAACCAGUCCAAGACCAUUCCAUUCAGAGACAGCAAGGUGCUGAAACAGAGGCCCAGGUUUGUGCCCAUGAAGAAGCAGCCUUCCUACAUCGGGGGAGACGGGCUGGAGCUCAGAGACUACCAGCUGGACAGUCUGAACUGGAUGGCCCACUCCUGGAGCAAGGGCAACAGCUGCAUCCUGGCUGAUGAGAUGGGCCUAGGGAAGACCAUCCAGACCAUCUCCUUCCUCAACUACCUGUUCCACGAGCACCAGCUGUACGGGCCCUUCCUGCUGGUGGUGCCUCUGUCCACAGUCACCUCAUGGCAGAGGGAGAUCCACCUGUGGGCCCCUCUGAUGAACAUCGUGGUCUACCUGGGGGACAUCAGCAGCAGGAACAUGGUAAAGCUGGACCAGCAGCAGCUCCUGCUGCAGCUUCCUGCUCUGCCCUCCUCUAAAGCUGCUCUCUGUUCACAGAUCAGAACCCAUGAGUGGAUGCAUAUGCACAGCAAGAGGCUGAAGUUUAACAUCCUCCUCACAACCUACGAGAUCCUCCUCAAAGACAAGUCCUUUCUAGGCAGUGUGAACUGGGCCUUCAUCGGAGUGGACGAGGCUCACCGCCUCAAGAACGACGACUCCCUUCUCUACAAGACCAUGAUCGACUUCAAGUCCAACCACAGGCUUCUGAUCACAGGCACGCCGCUGCAGAACUCCCUGAAGGAGCUCUGGUCCCUGCUGCACUUCAUCAUGCCCGAGAAGUUCCACUCCUGGGAGCUGUUUGAGGACGAGCACGGGAAAGGCAGAGACUCGGGCUACACCAGUCUGCACAAAGAGCUGGAACCUUUCCUGCUGCGCCGAGUCAAGAAGGACGUGGAGAAAUCCCUGCCAGCCAAAGUGGAGCAGAUCCUCAGGGUGGAGAUGACUGCCAUCCAGAAACAAUAUUACAAAUGGAUCCUGACCAGGAACUACAAGGCUCUGAGUAAAGGCGUCAAAGGCAGCACGUCCGGCUUCCUGAACAUCAUGAUGGAGCUGAAGAAGUGCUGUAACCACUGUUACCUCAUCAAGCCUCCGGACGACAACGACUUCCUCAACAGAGCCGAAGCCUUACAGUUGCUCGUCCGCAGCAGUGGGAAGCUGGUGCUUCUGGACAAACUGCUGGUGCGGCUGAAGGAGCGAGGCCACCGGGUCCUCAUCUUCUCCCAGAUGGUGCGGAUGCUGGAUAUCCUGGCUGAGUACCUCCGGAGCCGGCAGUUCCUGUUUCAGAGGCUGGAUGGCUCCAUCAAAGGGGAGAUGCGGAAGCAGGCGUUGGAUCAUUUUAAUGCUGAGGGCUCCGAGGAUUUCUGCUUCCUGCUGUCCACACGGGCUGGAGGUCUGGGCAUCAACCUGGCCUCGGCAGACACUGUGGUCAUCUUUGACUCGGACUGGAACCCCCAGAACGACCUGCAGGCCCAGGCCAGAGCCCACCGCAUCGGGCAGAAGAGACAGGAGGACAUCAUUGAGCGGGCCAAGAAGAAAAUGGUACUGGACCAUCUGGUCAUCCAGAGAAUGGACACCACAGGAAAGACGGUCCUCCACACCGGCGCUGCUCCGUCCAGCUCUGCACCGUUCAACAAGGAGGAGCUGUCGGCCAUUUUGAAGUUUGGUGCCGAGGAGCUUUUCAAGGAGCAGGAGGGUGAAGAGCAGGAGCCUCAGGAAAUGGACAUUGACGAGAUCCUCAAACGAGCCGAGACCAGGGAGAAUGACCCCGGACCCUCCACAGUGGGGGAGGAGCUGCUGUCUCAGUUCAAGGUGGCCAACUUCUCCAUGAUGGAGGAUGAGGAGAUUGAUAUCGACUCUGAGCGAAGUCACCGGAGCUGGGAUGACAUCAUUCCUGAGGAGCAGAGGAGGAGGAUGGAGGAAGAGGAGAGGCAAAAGGAACUUGAGGAAAUCUACAUGUUACCACGGAUGAGGAACUGUGCCAAACAGAUAAGCUUUAACUCCUCCGAGGGCCGGCAGAGUAGGAACAGGAGAUACUCUGGGUCUGACAGCGACUCCCCAUCAGACAGAAAGAGACCAAAAAAGAGAGGACGACCUCGGACAAUUCCACGAGAAAACAUCAAAGGUUUCAGUGAUGCUGAGAUCCGCAGGUUUGUCAAAAGCUACAAGAAGUUUGGCGGACCACUGGAAAGGCUGGACGCCAUCGCUCGGGACGCUGAACUGGUGGAUAAGUCUGAGCACGACCUGAAGCGCUUGGCGGAGACGGUGCACAACGGCUGCCGGAGAGGGAAGGUGAAAGGUCCUACGUUCAGGAUUUCUGGAGUGCAGGUCAAUGCCAAACUGGUCAUCUCCCACGAGGAGGAACUGGCUCCACUACACAAGGCCAUCCCUGCCGACCCAGAGGAGAGGAAGAGGUACAUGAUACCGUGCCACUCAAAGGCAGCACAUUUUGACAUUGACUGGGGAAAAGAGGACGACUCGAGCCUUCUCAUAGGAAUCUAUGAAUAUGGUUAUGGCAGCUGGGAGAUGAUCAAGAUGGAUCCAGACCUGAAUCUCACACACAAGCUACUACCAGAUGACCCCGACAAGAAGCCUCAGGCCAAACAGCUACAGACCAGAGCAGACUACCUCAUCAAAUUACUGAGCAAGGACCUGGCCAAAAAAGAAGCACAGAAACAAAGCGGGACAAUAAAUUCACGGAAGAGGAAACCAAGGAGCAAAAAAAGCAAAACUCAGAAGACAACUAAAAUGGACGAGGUGGUCAAGAGCCCAUCCUCCGACCCCCCCUCAGACAAGAGGUCAGAUGAUGAAGAUGAGGCUGAUGAAGAGAAGGAGAUGCCACCAGGGAAGGCAUCGAGCAGACGGAGCCGGCCAGACAAGGUGAUGGUGAAAGAAGAGGAGGAGGACGACGAGGAAGAGGAGGAGGAGGAUGAAGAGGAGCCCGAGCAGGAGGUUUCAUCAUCAGGGGAGAGGGAGGGCAAAGAAAAGGAAGGGAAAAAGGAGAAGGAGGAAAGCUGCAACAUCAAAGAUGCAAAAGAGAAGAAAGAAUCCAGGACUCUGGAGGCCACGCAUAAACAAGAGGACGGCACGGAAAAGGCUGAAACAAAGGCGGAGGUACGAGAGCGGAGUAAAAAGGCCUCGGAGGUGUCGGCCCACAUAACGGCGGGGGCGGACGCUGUGCCCGGCUCCGAGGAGUCUGAGGAGCUGGACCAGAGGACCUUCAGUGUGUGUAAGGAGAGGAUGCGGCCAGUGAAAGCUGCCCUGAAGCAGCUGGACCGGCCGGAGAAGGGCCUCUCAGAGCGGGAGCAGCUGGAACACACCAGACAAUGCCUCAUCAAGAUCGGAGACCACAUCACUGAGUGUCUAAAGGAGUACUCCAACCCGGACCUGAUCAAACAGUGGAGGAAGAACCUGUGGAUAUUUGUUUCCAAAUUCACCGAGUUUGAUGCCAGAAAACUACACAAACUCUACAAGCAUGCAAUUAAGAAAAGACAGGAAAACGCCCAGGCGAUGGAGCAAAACACUAGGAGUAUGAACACUCACGGCUACAGACACGCAGAUGUGGAGAGGCUGAAGGACAGCUCCCAGCACGACGAGAGCAGCAGAGACAGCUACAGCUCGGACAGGCAUCAGCCGUCAGGCCGGAACGAAAGCAGCAGUAAAGACAAACACAGCUUGGAUUCCCUCAGGAAGACGUCUGAGUCCAGAAAAAGGCCCUACUCCUCCUUCAGCAAUGGCAAAGACCACCGGGACAGAGACCACUACCGGCCAGACAGCAGGGACAGGGACAGAGACAGAGACAGGCAGGACAGGUAUUACAAUGACAGCAAACACAGGAAGCUGGAGGACUUCCGGGGCAGAGACCACCGGCUGGACUACCCCCACCAGGACCACCACCCGUCCCACCGCUACCACUCGGACUGGCAGACGGACCCGCGGGCGUCGGCCAGCGGCGCCCGCUCGCCCCGCGACCAGCGCUCGCCCCUGGGCCACCGCUCGCCGUUCGACUACUCCUCAGACCACAGGAGCACGCCGGAGCAGACUCAGCACCACGUCAAAGCCUUAGCCCCCCCCACCCGGCCAGGCCCCCCCCCCCCCAGGCCCCCCCCGGGCCCCGUGUGGCAGCCAGUUCAGCAUGGCUGCUCCCCCUGCUCGGCGGCCCCACGCCGGCCAGGCAGCAGACUGACAGAUCCCAACUUAUUUUUCUAUUUAAAACUUUAA